UUCGUAUCAAUUUAAAACUUGAUCAUCAUAUCAUGGUAUUUUCAUUCGGUGUCAAAACGUAUCCCAACCAGACACUACUGGGCACGUUUUGCUUCAUUGCAGCCAUCGCAACGAAGCCUUGAAAUAUUCAUUAGUCAGCUAGCGAAAUAUUAGUGACACGAUCAGCCACUAUCGCGGCCAGUUGCAUGAAUAAACGCUGUUGGUAAUGCAUUAACUGUUAUGGUCUGGAUCACUAUUCAUACUGCGUACGAUAUGUGUGUAUUUUGACCUACAUAGAGGCGCGCCCCCUACUCUAUAGUUAUUGGAUUUCAGUUGGCUCGCAAACUCACAACCAGUCAAAGUUCCAAAUAUAACCCUGAUGAUGGUGUUCCGAGGAGUGUGUUUUAUGCUUGGAGUGGCUGAAAAUAGAGCCAUGUAUUUCUGUGGUGUAUUGUGUAACUGAAUGCAUUGGUGAAUUCACAAACAAUGUCUUCAUUGUUUUUGGUUUGUUUACAUUCAUUGUGUGUCUGUAAGCGUUUCGCAUUUCAUUGUGUACAGAAUGUGAACAGACAGUAGAUGGCGCCACAUCGCCACUCCAAAAAUAGUCUAUUACUGUAAGUGUUACUACACGGGUAUUCUCAGUGCCGUGGAACGCUCCGUUCACUUGCAUGGGCCCUUCACAUCUUCCGGUGGAGAAUUAUAAUUGAUAAUUCACCGUUGCUAAGUAUAAUGGACCACUGUCAAGGAAAGUAGAGCACUCCGUCAUCAAAAAGUGUAUUCCAAAAUGAAUAUGUAUACCGUGCCCCCCCCUGGAAUACCUGGAUGCCCUCCUGGACUAGAAUAUUUGACUCAGGUGGACCAGCUACUCAUCAAGCAGAAAGUUGAACUCAUCGAAGCGCUGGUGGGCUUCGAGAGCAACAACAAGUACGAGGUGCGCAACUCGCUGGGGCAGAACGUGUUCUACGCCGUGGAGGAGAACGACUGUCUGAGCCGGCAGUGCUGCGGCCCGCUGCGCUCCUUCACCAUCCGCGUGCUCGACAACUACAGCAACGAGAUCAUCACCGUCAGCCGGCCCCUCAAGUGCAUGUCCUGCUGCUUCCCCUGCUGCCUGCAAGAGCUGGAGGUGCAGGCCCCGCCAGGGAACACCGUGGGCUAUGUGCUUCAGCAGUGGCACCCCUUCUCCCCAAAGUUCAUCGUGCAGAAUGAGAACCGGGAGCCUGUCCUGAAGAUCAACGGGCCCUUCUGUGGCUGGAGCUGCCUGCCAGACGUCGACUUCGAGAUCCUGACCAUGGAUGAGGUCAGCAAGAUCGGGAAAAUCAGUAAGCAGUGGACCGGACUCCUGCGGGAGAUUUUCACGGAUACGGACAACUUUGGGAUCCAGUUUCCCAUGGACCUGGAUGUGAAGAUGAAGGCCACUAUGAUAGGGGCAUGUUUUCUCAUCGAUUUCAUGUUCUUCGAGACCAACAACGUCUAGGUGUGAAAUUCAAGAGCCGGUACACCACAGUAAUGGAAGAACAAGGCCAUAGAGCAAUUCCAAUUAGGCAAACGUGCCCUAAACUUAAGUCAACUUUCACCAUGGCUGCUUUAGAGAUGAGACCGAAAGCUACCUGAAAGGGAGAGUUUCAGUGGUAGCCAAUAAAGCUUAUGGAUUUCUCCAGUCUGAGUAUGUCAGGUCAGAGGUGGGAAGAUUGUUUCUUCUGAGUAUAGCGCUCGCCAUUACUGUCAGCGUACAGUGUGGUAAUAAUAGAUAUCUGCUACAUUAUUUUGGCUAUUACAUGUAAACGUUGUUGUUGUUGUAAACGUCGAACGACUUGCGAUAGCGAUUGGCGUUGAAAUAGUGCCUGAUGCUGCCCAGGGAGCCUCCUUGUGGCAUACCUGCGAUCUAAGUCAUCGCCCGUUUUCUUGAGAUAGAAGGGCACUGAAUAUGUGUUGGGAGAAAAGCUGAAUUCACCUCAGCUUUAAAAUGACAUGAAACUGUGCAACAGUGAUAUUGGCUGCGGUCGAAUAGCCUCUUUCACAUGGGAUAGUUCCUAACUGGGUGAAAGGACCCCGAAGUAUCUAAGUGGCAGCCGUGAUAAUAUCUUUUUGAUUUCUUCUAAACGCUAAGUAGCUUCAAUGCUCCCUCUCUCUUUUCUCCUUUAGCAAAGGGACCAUCUUUUAUGAAAGAUUAUAAAGUCCCAUAAUUCCUGAAACGCGUAAAAGUAACACACCAUUCGGUCCUUUACGAAAACAAACGAUCGACUAGAGCGACAAUUAUUUUCAAUCACUCAUACUAAUUGUGAUUCAUGUCGAUAAAUAGGAGGGUGAGCAGCAGCCAUUGUCAAUGUGACAACCAUUUCGUUUUACUUUUGUGACAGAGUUUUUUAUAAUUUCUUAUUUAAUUUCCAACCUUUGUAAUGCAGUUCAACAUGCGCCCAUUGUAGUCCCUCUUCGGAAGAUGUCCAUAUUGUCCAUGAUUUUUUUAGUUAAUAUAAUUUGUGUUUGAAAUUGUAAAUAAUUAUACUUUUGUCUUGAGAAUUCUUCACCACACAGUCCCACGUCCACAACAACAUGACGAUUUCCACCAAGGACAAGAAAAAGAGGCAGGAAUAGGACAUAGGACGUAACCUUUUGGACUUUUCGAGUGCAUUCCUAGAUACUCAGCUAAUUUACAGAUUUCCAAGGAUAGUGCUGUUUAACAAACCUGUAGACCAUCACACCAACUUCGCAAUUAAACAUCAUAUUUAUUAUUUCAGAGUGGCUAUAUUAUGCUUAUUCUAUAUCCAUUUUUUCCACACACAUAUAGGAAAAGUCCAAUGCAUGACCUACUUGAAAACAACACAACACACUGCCAUCGCAUAUCUAGAUGACUACAAUACAUAAUACAGUAUAAUAUUUAUUCGAUGUUAAGCAUUACAGAUCAAAUGAUCAUCACGUUUUUAUAGUUUUUGUUGGUUAUUUAUUUAUAUGUAUUCAUUGAUGUUUAUCUAUUUAUUGUUAAAACAAUAAACGUGCCUGGUUGGUUGUGUUUACUUGAUGUUAUAUUUAGGGGUUGAUUUUGCCGUAAAAUCUAUAUUUUCUUUUACCAAUUUUGUUAUUUGUUAGCUUUUUUAAUGUCACUAAUUUAUAAAUGAUUAUUUUCGUUUUUGUAGACUGUUAUUGUGUAUUAUGGUACAAACUCAGGUUUAAGUGCAUGUAAUUGUAAUUUUGUGCACUAUGCACUCAAUUGCUACUAACACACAAAGAAAUUAUUUUGAAGGCUUUUGCAUUAAAAUUAUUUUACAUCUGA